UCUUGUCCAAGUAUCACAGGUCUGUUCAGUAUGUUUGUAACAGAGAUGGUAACGUACAUCAACAUAAGUCCACAGGGUCAACAUACCGUAUGAAAAAUAGGAAGGGUUCAUGUAAAAUCAACAGAAUUUGCCCUGCUCGUAUGUUAGUUAAUGAAAGACAUGACGGCACUGUCAAAGUGAAAUACAUACACACACAUACACACUCCAUUUCCCUAAAAGACACCAGACACCUUCGUAUUCCCAACUCUAUUCGAUCACAAAUUGCUCUGAAACUGUCUCUUGGAGUACCUUCUGAACGAAUUUUACAGGAGUUUUAUGAAGAUGCAUCUGAUUUAGAACAUCGAGAUGUUGCAAUGAAAAAACGACAGCACUUUGUUACUGCAAAGCAUAUUAAUUCAGUAAAGCGUAGACUUUUUGAUCUAAAGACAAACAAAGCAUCAGAUGAUGCAACAUCUGUUUUCUUAAAAAUUAAAAGUUUACAAUCCAAUCCAUCAACAAAUCCAAUUUUAUUUUUUAAAAUGCAACAUUCAAAAGAGUUCUCAGAAAAAGGUUUGAAUCCUAAGGACUUUCUAUUGGUUUUUAUGACAAACAAACAGAAAGAAAUGUUUCAAAAAUUUGGUGAAAGAAUUCUUUGUAUGGAUUCAACUCAUGGAACUAACAGUUACCUAUUCAAACUGAUAACUUUACUUGUUGUUGACGAGUACAAAAGGGGAUAUCCAGUUGCCUUUUGUGUAACAAAUAGAGAGGAUGAAACUACAAUAAAAAUUUUCAUUGAAUCAGUUCAUAGAAGGUGCCCAGAGACAGUUAUUUCUUAUCUUAUGUCUGAUGACGAUAUUGCUGGAUUUAAUGCAGUUCGUUCAGUUUAUGGAAAUAAUGUUAAACAUUACCUGUGCAUUUGGCACGUCAUGAAUAGCUGGUUCCGAAAUGUUAAAAAAUAUUGUACAAUGAUGAACAGGAAUGAUAUUGAGAAAGACCUUAAAAAUUUAUUACAUUCAAAAACAAACACAAUCACGAAGUAUCUAGUCCAAAUUUUAUAG